AUGGAUACAGGGCUUUCGAAGGAUGUGUGGGAGGCUACCGGUCAGAACGCUCUGGUGACUGACUCGGUUAAGCUUGCUACGAAGCUUUUAGCUUCCAAAGGAACUUUUGUCACCAAGGUUUUUAGAUUCCAAGAUUAUACUGCUGUCCUUUUCUAUCAUAGACCGCUCUUUGAGAAGGUUCAAGUGGAUAAACCACAAGCUAGUCGAUCAGCAUCAGUAGAAAUUUAUAUAGUGGGUUUCAAGUAUAAGGUACCUGCUAAAAUUGAUCCGCUACUUCUUGAUGUAAAGUACCUCUUCCAAGGAGAUCGGGAAGGCAAGGAAGAUAAAGAUGAUAGGAUACUUAAUGAAAUGGAGGAGCAGACGAAUGCCAUGGAGCAGAAGAAGAAAAAGGCAAAGAAACUUCUAGCAAAGAGACAAGCUAAGGACAGUGUUAGGAAAGCAUUAGGCAAGCAAAUAGACGCAAUAGAGGAUGGCUACACUGAUCAUGAAUUCCCAAGGGUGUCAUCUAGUGAUGCAGACACUGAUGAAGAACACCAGCGGUAUGGUGAGCCACUACAGGAGUUAUUCGACGAAGCCUCCGUAAGAUUUGUAGCUAAACAGGAAGGAAUACCACUCUUAGAGAAUGCACCGAGUCAGGAAGAGAUUGUAGCAAAAUGGUUAAGUCAAGAUGUCUUUAUGGGCGCUGAUGAAAGAGAGGAUUUGGAGAAUGGUGAUAGUGAUAAUGAAAUGCAGUUGGAUAUGCCAGUCGAACACCAGAAAAAACUUAAAGGUUCAAGAAAGAAGAGUAAAUUACCAACGGUAAAAGUUUCCAAGGUGGAUGACGAUUUUGAGAUUGUUCCUGCUCCACAUACAAAUUCUAGUGAUUCAUCAGACGACUCAGAUGAAGACGACAUUAGUUCAAAAUCAGAGAUAUUGGCUUGUGCAAACACAAUGCUGAUGAAAAAGCAGAGGGAACAGGAUGAUCGAGGUAGAGACCUGAGAGAAAAGCUUGACAGAAGGCACUCUCCACCGCGUAGAUACUCACCAGAGAGAGAUACAAGAGCAAGACAUGUGUCUCAUGGGGUACAUGCCAUCAUCAUCAUCAUCAUCAUUCCAUCUUUUUUCCUCUCCGAUACCCCAAACUCUCUUGUGGAUAGGGGAAAGGAAGAAGAGGCAAAAGCACUGCUCAAGUGCAAUUGUGGAGUUGAAAACGUUGAUGCUGAAUUCAAUGAUAUUCUUGCAGCCAAAAAUGAAGCAAGACUAGUACAGAAUUCGUGCUGUUAUUACUGGCAUCGUAAUGUCUUGGCGACUUGUGUAUCUAUUGCAUUUGCCGAUAAGUGGGGGAGAACAACUCUAUUUCUUGAAAGAGGUGUUCAGAUGCUCAUCUUUCAGAUUGCAGUUGCAGCUCUUAUUGGGGCCAAAUUUGGUGUGGGGGGAGAUGUGACACAGCUACCACAGUGGUUUGCCAUAGUGGUGGUGAUAUGCAUCUGCAUCUAUGUUGCCGGUUUUGCAUGGUCUUGGGGGCCGUUGGGAUGGCUCUAUGCAAUGUCAGCUGGUCAGAGUGUUAACGUUGCAGUAAACAUGUUCUUCACAUUCUUAAUAGCGCAGGUGUUCCUUUCGAUUCUGUGCACAAUGAAGUUUGGUCUCUUCAUCUUCUUCGCAUUCUUUGUGGUGCUGAUGACCGUGUUUUGUUACUUCUUCAUGCCUGAGACGAAGAACAUUCCUAUUGAAGAUAUAACACAAGUCUGGAGAGAUCACUGGUUUUGGAAAAGAUUUAUGAAUGAUCCUAAUGAUCCCGUCAAUGCAGCAAUCAAGAUGGAACAAGUCUGA